AUGACUAGCUUUAGUGGUAUAAUUAUGUGCUUAUUUACAGAAGAAUCUACAGCUGCAGAGAAGAAAAGAAAGCCUCCACCCAGACUGAAUAUUCACUCUGCAUUCUGGAUUUUGGCAUCAAUUGCUGUAACAUAUUACUUCGAGUUUUUUAAAACUGUUAAAGAAACUAUUCAAGGAGAUAGUUGGUGGUUUGCCUCUGGCAGUUGUUUAUUGGCUGCCUGUUUAUCUGUUGCUUUUUACUGCAUAAUAUAUCUGGAGUGGUACUGUGGAAUCGAGGACUAUGAUGCACGAUAUCCAGUACUGAUACCCAUCACAACAGCUACCUUUAUUGCAGCAGCAAUAUG